UUCCGUUACGAAGCGCUUUGCGCUUGUUGUACACUGGCCCUUUGCGGCUUCCGUCCUCCCGGAGAGCAGAGUAGGUAGCUAGGACAGUACGUAGCCAGCCAAUAGCAGCCGGGAAUUUACCUCACCAAGACGACACACCGGGGGCAGGGAGCUGCUGCGGCCGAAGCUGCCGGGACUUCCGGCUAUGGUGGAGAAGGGAGGACGGCGGAGGGGUGCGCAGUGACCGUGUGUGUGAGGGUGACUCGGAGAGGGAGAUCGCCCAAAGUACCCGGGCAGGAGGCGUGCUUCUCAGCUACAUUAUGCGGUUAGCAGGUCCUGUUCGUAUUAUCGUGGUUCUCCUCACAGUGGGCUUGACAUGGAUUUUGGCAGGAGUUAUGCUGGGAGGGCAAGGUGGCUUCCCAAGAUUGCAGCAAAUUCUAGGUGGUCCUGAAGUGAGCACUACAGCUGACCCACGUCCUAGGAGGUUCAAGUGUGGCUUACCGCAGCCGUGUCCCGAGAAACAUUUCGCCUUCCGAAUGGUGAGCGGAGCAGCAAACGUCAUUGGGCCCAAGAUCUGCUUUGACGAUAAAAUGUUGAUGAGCAGUGUCCAAAACAACGUUGGCCGAGGCCUGAACAUUGCACUUGUUAAUGGAGUGAGUGGGGAGCUUAUUGAAGCCAAAUCAUUUGACAUGUGGGAUGGAGAUGUAUCUGAGCUGUUGAAUUUCCUGCGGCCAAUCCAUGAAGGCACACUAGUACUAUUGGCAUCUUAUGAUGAUCCAGCUACCAAAAUAACGGAGGAAGCUCGGAAGAUGUUCGCUGAGCUUGGAAGCUCUGUGUCCAAAGAGGUGGCAUUCAGGGAUAGCUGGGUUCUUCUCGGAGCUAAGGGAGUCCUAGAUAAAACUCCAUUUGAGCAGUUAAUAAAGAACAGUAAAAGCAGCAACAAGUAUGAGGGUUGGCCUGAGGCUGUGGAGCUGGAGGGCUGUGUGCCCCAACGUACUCAAGAAGUUGAAUAACAUACAGACUAGAUUGUGAUGGAAGAAGUGUAACCCAAGCGGGAUCUUGUGUACACUGGUGGAUUUUGCUAACCAGUUUUCUUCACAUUUGUACAUUGUUGGCCCAUAGCUGCCUAUAUAGUUUGCACAUUGUCCAGAUAUCGAUGCCACUUCUUUGAUUUUGUCCUCUCCAUACUGUUCAGAAGAGACAGUCUGCUUUCUGUUUGAGGAAUACAGAAUUAACCCUAACUUUUCUUCAGACUUUUUUGAAGAGGCUGCUCACCAAUCAAGAUCAGAGGCUGGAAGAUUGUAUUACUGAUAAUUAAACAUUUUUAUAUGCAUCUUAACUUUUAUCAAAGAUCUUAAUCCACAAAUUAGGAAAACCAAGAUAAGAGUUGAUGGAUCAGAUCUAAAACUAAUUUAAACUCCGCUACGCAAUCAAAAUGUUGUCUCCUACAUGGAACUGCUUUGUAUUUGGAGUUUACCCAGUUGUGUCAAGGCAUCAGAGCAGUGGCACAUUUAGUUUGAGGACACAUUAAAGAGGUAGGGGUCCUGAAUUUCAAGACAAUAAUGCUUACCAUAUUGGCAUGCAAAGGAAACCCUUCCCCUUUUCAAAUUGUCUUAGAUAUUUUAUUAAACAAUAGAAGUUAUUUAAA